GGCUGCCCACCAGGAGGGAAGGGAAGGGCUGGGAGGCAGAAACCCCGCAGGACUGGGGUGCCUCCAGCCUUUCCUCGUAUUCCCUAGGCACAGCUCUCCUCGCACCCACACAAAAUUCCUAAGGGGAUGGAGGCCCAAGAGCCCUCAGAAUCAGGCAGAGCUGCUGCUUUACUAUACAGAGAUCAGACACUCAUCCUUCUGCAUGCAGUUGAUUACAGAGCAUGAAAAUGGCUGUACCACCCAAUUUUGGGAGGGUUAAUUUUGUGCUGCACACCCUAAGCAGGAAGCUAAUUAGUGUGUUCAAUGCGUAGCUAUCAGCCAAACUUGGAAGAGUUGGGAUAAUUCUACCUGAGCUUUUCUCUUUGAUCUCCCCUUCUGCAUGAUAAGUGAAAAUAGUGUAUAGCCGGGCUGGCUGUGGUGUUUAAUUUAAUCAUCUGAUGAUAUUUAUUUUCACAAACACGAACUCAAGCAACAAUUAUCAGAAAGGCUUCAUCUUGUGCUGAACGCUCCAGUUAAUGGCCUUUCUGUGAGGAAAUAGCUUCUAUGUAGGGAGUCAGUAAUUAAAACGUGUGAAAAAAGGCCACUUUUUCAGAGGCAGUGGAAGACUGGUGGGUCUAAUGCUCAGCUGGUAUGAGCUGUCAAGUCGGUCAAUGGCCACAAUAAAUGGGCAUCACUCCUUCCUCAUUAUGCCAGCAAAGGAUGUUCCCAGAGGGUUGUUGAGACUUUCCCAGUUCGAGAAGGAGGUUUGGAUUCUUGUGAGCAGGAGCCAAAUUUAGGAAUACAUGGUGCAGUGAUCUGGUCUUUGUAAGAUGAUUCUGGAGUACUCAUGGAAGAUGUUCAGAUUGAAGGAGCACUUGGUCCUGCAAACUGUCCCACAAGGAGAGCAGCUGUUUCCAGUAUUGCUAAAGAGAGAAUUUUUUUCCUCUUUCAACACAGUGUUGAAACUAAGGAAAAAAAUACAUUUGACACAUUCCAAGUAGCAGGAAGAUGAGUUCCUUUAUGUGACUUUGUCAUAUGGAAAAACAAUGUACAAUUUUUUUACUCAUACAGGUAACCACCAUAUGGGUCCAUGCAUAGUUCAGUAUUGGGCCUUGUGCUGAUGGUUGGUGAGCAAUGAGAACAGAGCUGGAAGUCAAGCUGUGAGGAAGGUUCUGAUAGAUAGCCACCACUGUCUUUAACCAGUAUAUCUUACUGGAAACAGCUUGUGAUUUCAUGUUGAGGGACAAUUAUAUGCUUAAAAAUGAAAAUUGCAAAAUCUGAAGCUUGCAGUCUGAAAGAUAUACAUAGUUAUAACAAAAAAUUUUUCAAAGAUUCCUAUUUCUUCAGAACCAAGAGUGUUUUCCUGCAGCUCUUAAAGGUAGUGUUGAUAUUUGGGUUUUUUUUCCCUCUCUCCAUUGGCACACAGACUGCAGGAAGAAAAAUAUCUGCUAGAGAAAUCAACUAGAGGAAUCAGAAGCAAGAAAGAGAUAGAGAUAGGUUUUUUACAGUGCACAUUGCCUGCUUUUUUCCCCUGACAGCUGUGUCCCCCCAGGUAAUGGACCAGCAUGCCCUGUGCACGCUCUGGUUGGGUCUGAAAGGAAAUGUUUAGUUUGUAACUGGAAGAGAGACAAAGUUCUGAAACAUUGUCAGACACAGGAGUUCUAGAGAGUCUCUUUCCUUCUGAGGAGCCCCAGAGAUAAAUGUUUAAGUACCAUUUGAUAAAAGGCUGGAUAGUGGUAAAUAACAUGGCAGGUAAAGAUACUGCCUUGUCCCUUGUGGGAUCUAGGUGGAUACAGCUGAAUUUGAAUAAAAAAAAAAAAUCAAUCCUUGACUGUUACACAGUGAAGAAGCCAUUCAUCUUUGGGAGCAGGACUUGGAAUGUAUGGUGGUCUAGUAAUAUGUUAUCUUUGGAUUUACUUUUGCAAGAUUUACUUUUCAGCUAGAUUAACUGGUAUUUUGUAGGCCAAAGGCUCUCAUUUAUCCUUGCUGUCACUGAAGUGAGAUAACCCAUUCAAAUACUACUUAGUUAAUUAUGCCAGUUGCAUUUUGCAGUAUACACUAAAUGGUUGAUGUGUGAGGAGAUGAAAAACUACUGGUGGAAGCUGACCUAACUCCUGCCUUUUGCUGUGGAUUGUGAAUCUGCUUGAUGGAUUCAGUUCAGCACCACAUCUUGUGGCUCCACUUCAGCACUAACCUGGUCUCUGCUGCUCAGCACAGCCCCACCGAGUCCCCAGUGGCACAGCCAGCGAGACACCAGCCACCCCUGAGCCCAGACCUGUGCAUGGUGCUGGUCAGAGGUGGUUUGUGUGCAUGGGACGUCAAAAUUCAGGUUCUGCUGGAGAUCCUUUGCUGCCCUGUGGCGAUACGGAUUCAUGCACCACACUGCUCCUGCUGCCUUCGCGCCCAGGGCAAACAGACUGGUUGGGAAGGUAUGAAGGCUGCAGUUUAUGGACUAUGUGGUACAGGGGCCUGUCAUCUUCUCAUGACCAUGUGAUUCAGCAUCCUCCUGGCUGUGAGGUCAGUUUGCAGCUUGGCAUCACCACACUUGGCUGGCUGGCAGCUCCAGUCUCACAGGAUCCAGAGGAACAUUCUGCUGCUUGAAGCCUCUGGCAUUUAAGCAUCAACUUGUUAAUGUAUUCUUCAUCCCCAUGAGCUCUUUUCAUACAGGGACCAUAGCCUACUUGGUCAGUGGGCGUUAGAUCUUCCCUCUGAAGACAAAUUGAGUUGGUUACUUCCUACCACUAUGGGUUGGAGUUGGUGACUGUGUUUGCCCACCACAUCCAAGUUAAUGGUGUGCCAAGGAUAGAUGUGCAGCAGGUCUUUGGGUCCAUAUUGAUGUGGUAUCUUCUUAACUCAUCGCGCCGCCUUGAGCCCACAGCAGCACAGGACAUGGAGGCUCUUGAAGUGGAUGACAUUAGCCCUGCCUUGGAAGUGACUGAAGACUUUUUCAAUAGUUUUGAUACUAAGCUUGAAAAGGUUGUGCAGCCCUCUGAGGUGUAUGGUGUACAGGAGGUCCCAGAACUGGUUGGGCAUGAGGUAUUUGAUCAGAUAACAGAGAGCAGGAACCUGAGGAACGUCGCCUCCUUAGCCAAAAGCAGCCUCAUCUGGGAUCACUGCAAAAAUGGCCUCUUGGAAACCAAAGCUCAGACAGUGUUCCCUGCCAAAGACCAGUGCCUGGUGCAGAGGGGAACAGCUGCUGACAACCUUGCUUGGGCAGGGGAAGGGGACACCACAGCUUUUAAUAUCUUCAAGAUCUGCCAGCGGCGGAGGGACAGGCCUCGCUCAGUGAAUGACAUCCUGGUGCAGAAUGAGGAAGCCUCCAUGUUCAAACCAGGUCACAACAGGUCACGCUCUGACAUCAGCCAUGUGAACUGGAGAGUGGUCUUCACAGGCACCUCCCUGCAGCAGCCACCUGCACCUGGGCAGGACAAUAACUGUGCUCUGCUUUCCUACCUGGCACUAACCAAUGGAGGGGAUAUCCAAGGAAACACAGAACACAAGACAGUGUUCUCAAAUCUUCUGAAGAAGGGAUACUUGGAAGUCAGAAGAGACAAUGACAGCUACUGGCAAACCUGUUACGCUGAACUCUCUCAGUACAAGCUGUACCUGUAUUGCCUGGACAGCAGCGGCAACCAGACCCUUCCCACCGUGUAUCCGCUCAUGCGUUUUCAAAGGGUUGCUGUCACUGGUGGCAUGGAAACCAAGGUGGUGGACACUGUCCUGUCAGACAGCUCACAGCUACAGCUCAAGGCAGAGUCCUCCUGGGAGACUUUGGACUGGGGACAGAAACUUUGGGAAGCGGUGCAUGCUUCUGGGCCUGCUUUUACAAGACAGCAGGAGAAACUGGAGAAUGUGCCAAAGCCUGAAAAUAACAGUGACCUUUCUCAAACUAAUGGAGUGUUAGAGAAGCCUAUGGAACUCUUCCUAUCCAUGAAUUUGACUGAAAACACUAAAGAGUACCAAAAUAUUCUGAAAUCAGGGACUCUUUACAGACUAACUAUCCAGAAUAACUGGAAGGCAUUUACUUUUGUCUUGAACAGGUCUUAUCUCAUGGCAUUCCAGCCUGGUAGGCUUGAUGAAGAUCCCCUGCUGAGCUACAACGUGGAUGUGUGCCUGUCGGUGCAGACAGAUACUCAGGAUGGCUGUGACUCUUGCUUUCAGGUCAUUUUUCCCCAGGAUGUGCUGCGCCUGCGCGCAGAGACGCGGCAGCGGGCCCAGGAGUGGAUGGAGGCGCUGAAAGCAGCGGCCAAUGCUACCCGAAGUUUGACUCAGAACCCACAGGUCACGCUCAGGAACAAGCCUGGAGAUCGGCCCUUUGGGAGUGACCUUAGGAAGAGCAAGCGGCAGUCUGUGACCACCAGCUUCCUGAGCAUCCUGACCACACUGUCUCUGGAGAGAGGGCUCACGGUUCAGAGCUUCAAGUGUGCAGGCUGUCAGCGCUCCAUAGGCUUGUCCAAUGGGAAAGCCAAGGUGUGCAGCUACAGUGGAUGGUAUUACUGCAGCACCUGCCAUGUGGAUGACAACUUCCUUAUCCCUGCACGGCUGGUUCAUAACUGGGACACUUCCAAAUACAAGGUGUCAAAGCAAGCCAAAGAGUUCCUGGAAUAUGUUUAUGAGGAGCCAUUAAUUGAUAUCCAGCAGGAAAAUCCCAUGUUGUACAGUCAUGCUGAACCUCUGGCAAUUGUUGUCCGCCUGCGACAGCAGCUGAAAUCCCUGCGAGCCUACUUGUUCAGCUGCAGGGCAGCGGUGGCUGAGGAUCUGCGUAGGAGGAUCUUUCCCAGAGAGUAUCUUCUUCAACAAAUCCAUCUUUAUUCUCUGGCAGACCUUCAGCAGGUUAUUGAAGGAAAGCUGGCUCCUUUCUUGGGGAAGGUGAUCAAGUUUGCCACCUCUCAUGUGUAUAGCUGCAGCCUUUGUAGCCAAAAGGGUUUCAUCUGUGAGAUUUGCAACAAUGGAGAAAUCCUUUACCCCUUUGAGGACAUUUCUACAAGCAGGUGUGAAAGCUGUGGUGCUGUCUUCCACUCUGAGUGCAAAGUGAAGGCUGUACCGUGCCCCAGGUGUGUGCGUAAAGAAUUGCAGAAGAAGCAGAAAUCCUUCUGGAGGCAACUGAAUAUGGAUGAGAACUUCGAAGAGUCUUGCAACAUGUUUGAAUUGUCAUAUCAGAACACAUGAGGUCCUUAAGGCAGUGGCCAGCCUGAAGAGAAUCUCUCUCCCAGCUGCCAGCUCAAGCAAAUUCUCUGCUUAGACAGGCAGAAAUUGUUUUGAAAAAUGUUACCUGACCUCCUUCAUCUGUGAAAUAAGAGCUGCCAAAGUGGCCACAAAGCCUUGUUGGCUUUGACAUACCAAUGGCUAAACUGCAUUGAAAUCCAGCCUCUGGCUCUCGUACAAAAUGUGGUUUAUGAGAAAUGCUUUAGGUCUAGCUAAUUAAGUACCCAACUUUCUUUUCCACCUCUGGAGAACACUUUAUCUCAAGGCAGAAAAUAUUUGCUGCCAUGACUGCAUUAUUUUUUAUGUUGUUCAUUUAGAGUUGAUGAAUCAUCUACUUAUUUAUGUGUAUUAUUUAUUUAUUAAUAGCCUUGGCAGGGGUUCUGGUGAGGUGUUUCACAGAACCCAGUAGAGCAGGAAUUAUUUUAAAUCCACUGUCUCCUUCUGAUCUGGACAUGUGGUUUCAUUUCCUCAUGUUUUCAGAGAACUAUCUUAAAGGAUCUCCUUCCUUAAACCUUAUUCGGGGUGCUUGCAAACAUAAGACGCAGAAUAAUUCCUUCAGUUAUGUUUAUAUAUUUGUAACCACCCUAGUGAACUACUCCAUAUUCAGAUAACCAUGGGACUUGCUGCUCUUUUUGUUCAGGCUGGAAAUACCAGUUAAGCUCUGUCUGAAGUACUUUGAGAUUUGUGCUGGUUACUCUCGAUUCACGGGAGGCUGUGUCCUUGUCUGUAAUAACAUGAUGUUGGUUCUCCUCCUUCCAGACUGAAACUUCAGGGCAUUUUAAGUGUUCACAUUGGUUUUCUGUUCAUUUCCUGAAGUUUAUUUCAAAUGUUUUUCUAAUCUGAAUCUGUUAAACUGAUAGUCAGGAAAGUGAUCUUGCCCAUUUUAGUUAGCAAAUGCCUCCAAAAUUGUGAAACACUACUUUGCUGUUUUCACAUGCAGCCUGUGUCCUGUAUUCUCUCUGAGCUCUGAGGCAUUUAUAGUUCCAUAAUGACUUCCAUGGUGGACAGUGAAGUUCCUUGAAGUAUGAUUCUGCUUCACACACCUGCAACACAGGGAAGUAUAAAACACAGUGAAUUAUUUUGUAAAGGGAAGUACCUGAUGGAUUUAACUGGAGAGCUGUGUGUCCUUACUGGCAGUAUGUUUAAUUCAUGGCAAGUUCACUUCCAAUGAGCAGUUAGAUUUCUUCUCCCUAUUUCACAUUCCUGACUCUUUUCCACACCCUGCAGUGAUAUGUCUAUUACAUACCUAUGAAAGCAUUCAUAUAUAUAUAUACAGACACACACAAUCUAUAUAUAGAAAGUAAAUAUGGUUUCAGGAGAAUAAUGCCAGUUGCAUGUGGUUUUUUCCUCUCCUCUCACAUAGGUUUGUGAAAAUAUGGAAUACUGAUUUUUGCUUCGUAUAUAAUCUACAGACUGUUGUAUUCAAGGCAGAAAGCAGUUUUGUUUGUGGAAGCAUUUCACUAAUUGCAGAAGUAUUUUGAAUGAAAGAACAGGGUACAUCAUGCUUACAUUAAAAGGUAAAAUGCUACAAUGAGUUGCCUUGUACUGGAAUAUAAGUGGUUACCUUUUCCAGCCUCCAGUCAAAGAAAAAAGUAGCUUUUUCAAAUUUGAGUGCAACUACUAUAUAUAUAUAUAUAUAUAUACAUAUAUACAUAUAUAUAUAUAUAUAUACACAUAUAUAUAUACAGAAGCAUGUUUAUAUCUCUAUACAUUAGACAACCAGUGCCUUUCUUUUGCAGAAAUCCUUCUUUCAUUGGGAUUCUUUAGAAGGAAGUGAGGGUUUUUCCAUGUUCUUGGCAAAGUGCUGUAGGGAUUCCCAUACUUAAUAAACCUGGUGAAUCAUGCACCUUUGUCACUAAAAUUAAUACUUCCUAUACACAAUGGUGUCUCUGUCUCAGCUCACUGUUCCUCAUGUGAAAUGAGUUGCUUUUGGCUAUCACCCUUAAAGGUAUAAUGUUCCUUGCAAAUCCAUUCCCAUGCAAAGAAUUCCCUGUGUGUUCAGAAAUGCAAACACUGGGGAAGUAUUGUGGAAUUAGUCAGGCAAACAGGAACUGCACUGGUACUGGCUGAAUAAACAGAACGCUCCCGUGUUUUUCAGCUUGUGUCACUACAAUUACUUCUGUGGCAAAGCCAGUAGCUCUGAAACUGUCAGCAUCUGUCAGGUAUUAUUUUGAAUUAUCUGUAGACAUAAUGUUAGGUCAUUAAAAAAAAAAUGGUGGUGUUUUACAUAUCAUCAUGCUCUGGUAUUUAUAAUACCUCACAGUACUUGUUCAUGUCCAGCUCAGUUUGGAGAAGGCUGCUUGAGUGCACUGUCAAAAACCGUGUGGAGUCAAGGAAUCAAGGUUCAGACAUUGCAAAAUAUUAGUUACUUUGACAGAUGUCCUAUCUCCAAAGUACCAGUCCUGUGGGUGGUUAGAUAUUGGAAUUGAAUGCUGGAAUAACAACAUAAACAGCAUUAGAGUUGCUCUGGGUUUGUGCAUGUACUACAGAACAGUUUCUUUGCUAACAGAGAUUUAAAGGAUAAAAAAGUAUGAUGUUGGCAAAACUGCUGAAAUUAAUAAUGGGUUUGAAAUCACUGCCAUUACCAGUGACACAGAGCAAGAGCAUGUUAUGAUAUUCUGUCAGUACCUAGAGCUUUAUGUUAAAGGAUACUGUACAGUACAGAUCAGGCUAUUUGCUUUAAAAUCCAGUGUUGUUGUAAACCAGCUAGUUCCUAAAAUGAAUAGACGUUAAUUUCUACUUUGGAAAAGUGAUAAAACUUCACAGUAGCUCUAGGAGCUGGCUGUAAGGUGAAAGAUUAUGUCCUCUCAGGGAUGCCUAGCUCCUAUCCAAAACCAGUUAUUCUUUAUGAAUGGGUACGAUAAAAUAUUCUGUCACUAAUUUUUGUAAGCAUAAUGAAAGGCUUAAUCCUGCCCUCAGUCAGUUUUCUUGCAGGAGCCAUCUGCAAGCAGGAGCAUCAGCCUGGGGUUCUGCAGGUGGGGGUUUCAGACAGCGCUGUACCCUUGCAUGGUUGUCUCUGCUGUUUCACCAGUGCUCUGUGCUGGUCCCCACUGCUCUGUGUGCCCAUUCUGCAGCCCACAGCCUGCACGGGGCUCUGCUCUGCAGACUUCUGGAUGAGCAUCAGCUGGUAAAGUUCCUGGGGGCUUUGCAGAUUGUACCACUCUCCAGCAUCCUCCCCCCACCCCAGGUGAAAUUAUGCAUUGGUACUUCAGACUUGUCCUACUCACGCAUGAAAUAAAUUUGAAUGAUGCCAUUUCAUUGUGAAUCAAGAAUGAAAUAUACUCUUUGUCUUCUUCAAAGAGAAGAUGCUUUCAUAACUGACUGAGAAGGAAUUGAUCUGUAAUCCAGUUACUGCUUUUGCUUUGUACAGAAUUUAUCAUCUGUGUAAAAAUAGGAUGCUUAACUACAGUGGACGAUAGCUUCACUCUCUACAGGUACUUAGAGUUGUUAGUCUGAUAUUAUUUUAAUCUAGGACACUACUGAGAUCCUUAUUCAAAUCUCUUUUCCUCUUUACCCUAACUAUCUACCUUUCCUUUAAUGGGAAGAUGGGCCUAUUUAGGCGAUGCAAACUUCAGCUCUUUUUGUAUUAUCAAUCUAUAAAAAGAUAAAUUUGUGUUUCUUAUGUAGGAAUCCUUCUAUUACUUUUCUUGGUUUUUGUCUGUCUUAUGUGGUGGAAAAUGAUGGGUUCAUGAUAUGACAAAAUAUCCUGGCUGGCACAUACCAGUAUGAGCUCACUGCUGGGAUCCAUAGGAAUUGGUAGGUUUGAGGGAAGGUACUCUUUUGAGAGGAACUUAAGUUUUUUGCAGUACUGCACAGGCUCUGCUGGCCCUGUUAGGAGUGAAUGAUCAGGGUAUUUCUAGAGCUCCUCUUGUCAAGGCUUCUCUUAUUAUUAGGAUAGUGUGUGUAUUACAAUAGAUUGAUGAUAAUGUCUUGAAAGAUUUUUAAAAAGAGCAGAGGAUGUCUGUUUACAAUGAAAUGGGGAAGCUGCCCAGUUGAAUUUUGCUUUUUCCAUGUAGCAACAAAAGCCACUGAGUUUCCUAAGCUUCCCAAAGGGCACUGCCUGGAUUGCAGCUGACUGUUGAUCUGUAUAAAAAAAUUAAUUGAAUAAUAUCAUAAGGUUCUAUUUUUUUUUCCUCCCACUGAGUUGCAAGCCAGUCUCCCCUCUCUCUCCACUGUCUCUGUCCCUCUCUUUACUCACAGUACUGAGACUGUAGCCAGACUUGGAGCUUCAUAGGUCAUUGUGCUACUUUUGAACCAGUUGAGUCCAGUCAUUCUCUCCUUUGUAAUUUGCCUUCCAAUUUUCCCUUCCCAGUAGGAGUGCCUUACAGUACAGUAUAUUAGUGUCUCUCUUCCUGUUUUAUAUUUCCUGAUUGCAUCUGCUGUUUUAUUGACUUGUAGACUUAAACUGAAAUGCUCCUAUGGCUGGGCCUGGUCUUUUGCAGGAGCAGCUGAGUAAAUCAGUUUGGUUGUUCUGCCCUCAUGAAGUUAGCUCUAUAGGCUUCAUAUACCAGCUCUGAAGACACCAAGCUGUGUGGGAACUCCUCACUUUUGCUCCUUUUGGUGCCUUAAAUUUUGAGAGGUGAAUAAUUUUUUUUAGAAAUGCUCUGCCAUCAUGCAAUGUUUAUGGCAUCGGAGCUUAAAACCCUUGCUUGUGUAGUACCCUUGCAGUUUCCAUCGUACUAAGAAUGGUAACUAUAAAGUUUGUUUACUGUCCAUGCUUUGUGAGGGCAUUAUGAGAGAGGAUAGUGUGGAGAUGGUAUUGGUUCUUAUUAUGUGUUUUUUUGAGACUUGCUGGCUGCUUAGCCUGAGAUGCAGUUGUGCAAGACCUUCAGAAGGUGUGCAUAUAUAAUAAUGUCAGGUACAGAGAAUUAAAACAGGAUCAGGUCACAUGCAGUUUUGCUCCUCCUGGAACCCUUGGCCAGAGACUCCCAUACCAAGCCCCCUGCUUGCUUGCACAGCUGGGUCCAGUGCUGUGAGGGUGAAGGUGUUUCCUCAGCUCAAUUUUAAUGCAACCUGGCUCCCUGCAGGCUGACCCAGUGGGAGUUCAGUCAGCCUCACCUUAGAGAGAGGGUUAACCCAUUGAAAUUUUAGCAUUAUUUGCUAAAGUAUCUGGCAGGUGUCAGCCUGGGGCACAAGUCCACAUUUGACACCAGUAGCAGGAAUCCCCUUAGCAGCAGCAGCAGUGCUGCUACUGCAUUUUACCAGUACAGUGAGGAGACAGCCUGGAUAAUAAUGUGCAAAAUCCUUCUUUACUUGAAAACCCUGGUGUGGCCGUGAUGGCUUGAGUCAUAUGUUAAAAUGACAAUUUCACCCAAAUUCCUUAGGGUGACCAUUAAUCCAAAUUGCAAACAUGCCACUUGUGGUCAGCAUCAGAGAUAUCUAGGUCUGGAGAGCUAUCAGCUGUCUAGGACCAAAGUGUAUUAGACUCUGUGCACAGGUGUCAGCGGCUCAAUUAUUUAUUUAUUCCUGUCUAAUUCACAUGUUAAACCAUUAUGGAUCCUUGAAUACACAGCAUUGUUUUGGUGGAAAAAGGAUUUGUUUAAAUUUUGCUUAUGCACUUGUCUACCAAGUUGAUUUUGCUUAAACUAAACUGUGCUUUCAGUUUUGAUUUUUAAUUAAUACCUGUGAUACCAAGUUACCUUACAUGAGUCCCUGCUAUACCUGAGGCAAGCUAAAGUAAAUUCAUGAGCAAAAUGUGUGUUUCAUAGGUAUUAAGUGACAAAGGCAGCUUCCAAAUCAACUUGAGUUCAGUCAAGGCAGUUGAAAGCCAGGUGUGAGCAGCAGAGCACAGUGGCUGAUGUGGUCCCUGGCAGCCUGGCCUUUCCUUCCUGCCAGAGCACCAGCUCACCUGCACCUCUUACAGUGAAUUUUAGCAUUGCUGGCAGUGCACCCUGAGUUUUUGGAAUACCCUUAUGUGUGUGCUACUGUGUUAACUUAUUUGCAACAUUGUUAUGUGUGUUUCAUUGUUUGCGUUGUUGGUUUGGUUUUUUUACUUUUGACAAGGAUAUUUUUUUAAUUAUCUGCAACUACUGGGCAGUAGUCUUAAUUUAUUAUUGAUGUGUAAUGAUGUUAUAAUUUAAAUCCACUGAGUUGAAUUGCUUGUUGACACUUGAGCAGGGUUUAUUUGGGUUCACUUGUGACUGCAUCAGAGCACCAGUCCCUCCUGUAUAAAGGCAACUCUCAAUAAACACUAAAAAAUGUUA